CCAAUGAAACACGAGUGUAGCCAUUGACUGCAUCUGCAUCUCUGAUGAGUAAGAUGCACUGAUCCUGUCGAUGAAACCCAUCUGGACUGGUAGAUAGUUUUGAUGCUCUCUGCACAGUCUGCCCGCCCAUAGCUAAUCUCAUCCGCUUCCCAGUCAUCAAGCCUACUAGCUAGUAGCAGCAGCUAGCAGUACCGCUCCGCCAAUGCCGUGCUUGGCCACAAGUGUUUCUGCAUCACGCCUGUGCCAAACCAGGUUGCAUUAUCAGAGUUGGGGUAAACUUAUUUUAAAUCGAUCUUCUGAAUACUCCGUUUACCUAAAAUUUCUUCCUGGGUGGCCAUCAAGACUGGAACAAUGCGCACAGUCAACAGUGGAAGGAACAACCAGGACAGCUGGCUGCAUGCGGCUCAAGAUACGAUGGACCAAGGCAAGAGAGUGUUUCGAGAUGAAAGCUCACAAAAACAAAGCCAACAGAAUCAACAGAAUCAACGCAUAGCAUCAACAUGACGGCCCGAGUUCACGAGUUCAACCACUCACUUGUCCGUCCUUUUGCUGAGCCCGCCUCGAAAAGGAGAAUCGUGAAGGCGUGUUUUGUGAAGGCAACGACCAAAACUCGAUGUGGCUUGUCCCUGGCCAGGAGAAGAAGCGGCCACUUUGUUGUACGCAAGAUAUUGCCAGACAGUCUAGCAGCAAGCACCCCUUUGAAGCCAGGGAUGCUUGUGCAUACGAUCAACAAUAAGCAACUCACUACACUGUCUAGCAAAGAAGCCGCCAAGACCCUGGUGAGAGCCGAGGGACAGGUGACUAUUCUGGCUACUAUAGCAACUGGUGGAGGUGCCAAUAAUGUUGCUACCACAACGAAGAAGGAAAGCGAAGACAAGAGAGUUCCUCGUAUCACAUGGAAGAGGAGACCCAGACAGAAAGGUGUCUUUUGCAAACGCUACGGAGCUCGUUUGUCGGAGGAUCCCAGUGGUGGGUAUGUUGUCAUAUCUCACAUCCUUCAUGGCUCCCCCUUUGAACACACAAGCCUCGAAGCUGGCAUGACGAUUCUCGAGAUUGACAACCAGAGUUGCAGGGGAAUGCCACCAGCUCAGAUUGCCUACAAGAUUGACAGUAUCGUGGUGACAUCCUCUGUGCUGAUUGGAAAGAAAGAUGGAACCCCUGUUGUCAAAGUGGUCUGCACCCGAACUGGUCACAUUUUGAGUUACCUUUAAGAUUGGCAUCCAAUCUUUUAUAGUAUAUAUUUGCAUACAACCGUACAAACAUACAAACAGAGCUAUCAACAACCCAGC